CUGCUCCAAGUACCACGGAGAAAACAACCACUCGGGUUUCAACAACUAAGGCACCGUCAACCACUGCACAGCCAACAACCACUGCACAGCCGUCAACUACUGAGGAAAUAACCACAGUUGUUUCCACAACUCCUGAAUCCACUACAAAGGAGACAACAACUGUGCAAACUACAACAGUGGCAUCAACGACGGCAGCUACCACCACUGUAACGACAACUGUUGCGACUUCAACGGUGCCGUCCACUACUGCUGUGCCGUCAACCACUGAGGAAGUGACAAGCACAGUUGUGUACACAACCACACCAGAGGCAACGACAACAGAGGAGUCGACCACAGUGAGGAGCACAACGGUUGAGAGUACCACAGCUGCUCCAAGUACCACGGAGAAGACAACCACUCGGGUUUCAACAACUAAGGCACCGUCAACUACUGCACAGCCUUCAACCACUGUACAACCUUCAACUACUGAGGAAAUAACCACAGUUGUUUCCACAACUCCUGAAUCCACUACAAAGGAGACCACAACUGUACAAUCUACAACAGUGGCAUCAACGACGGCAGCUACCACCACCGUAUCGACAACUGUUGCGACUUCAACGGUGCCGUCCACUACUGCUGUGCCGUCAACCACUGAGGAAGUGACAAGUACAGUUGUGUACACAACCACACCAGAGUCAACGACAGCAGAGGAGUCGACCACAGUGAGAAGCACAACGGUUGAGAGUACAACAGCUGCUCCAAGUACCACGGAGAAGACAACCACUCGGGUUUCAACAACUAAGGCACCGUCAACUACUGCACAGCCUUCAACCACUGCACAACCAUCAACUACUGAGGAAAUAACCACAGUUGUUUCCACAACUCCUGAAUCCACUACAAAGGAGACAACAACUGUACAAACUACAACAGAGGCAUCGACGACGGCAGCUACCACCACCGUAUCGACAACUGUUGUGACUUCAACAGUGCCGUCCAGUACUGCUGCACCGUCAACCACUGAGGAGGUGACAAGCACAGUUGUGUACACAACCACACCGGAAUCAACAACCACAAAGGAGUCAACCACUGUACGGAGCACAACGGUUGGGAGUACCACAGCUGCUCCAAGUACCACGGAGAAAACAACCACUCGGGUUUCCACAACUAAGGCACCAUCAACUACUGCACAGCCAUCAACUACUGCACAGCCAUCAACUACUGAGGAAAUAACCACAGUUGUUUAUACAACUCCUGAAUCCACUACAGAAGAGACAACAACUGUGCAAACUACAACAGAGGCUUCAACAACAGAGGCUUCAACAACUGUUGUAUUGACGACCGUCACUUCAACUGUGCCCUCGACCACUGCUCCGCCGUCCACUACUGAAGAGGUAACAACUAUUGUUUACACUACCACUCCAGAAACAACUACAACUGAGGAGAAAACAACCAUUCGGAUCACUACAGAAGGAAGUACAACAGCCGCACCUAGUACAACAGAGAGGACCACCACUCGUGUGACGACUACAGAGGCUCCGUCAACAACUGCCCAACCAUCAACUACCACUCAGCCAUCAACUACUGUUCAACCAUCAACAACUGCCCAGCCUUCAACAACAAAGGAAGUGACGACACUGGUGAUCACAUCUCCUGAAUCGACAACAAAGGAGAUUACAACUGUGACGUCAACGACAGAAGCCUCUACCACUACUGUGGUAUCGACGACUGUGACUUCAACUGUGCCUUCCACUACUGCUGCGCCAACAACUACAAAGGAAGUUACCACCACAGUAGUUUACACUACCACUCCUGAGGCAACUACAGCGAAGGAGACAACUACUGUUCGGAGUACCACAGAAGAAAGCACAACAAAAGCCCCUUCAACUACAGAGGUGACAACAACUCGAUUGUCAACUAAAGCACCGUCAACCACGGCGGAGCCUUCAACAACCGAAGAAGUCACAACUACUGUUCUUACCACAACUCCCGAGGCAACUACAAAGGAGACUACGACAGCAAUCCAGACAACAGAAGUGACAACUGCUUUUCCGCCGUCCACGACCCCUGAGGAAUGCGCAGAAGAUCUUGACACUUACCAGCCAGUAACGGUAACACGCCAAGAGUCUGACUCAGACAGCAUGUUAACACCGGGUGACUGGUGGCGCCCGACCAAUCCACCUGAUGACGUGAAUUCGCCUUACAGUGGAUCGUACUUGGAAGUUACUUUCAGCCCACGGGUUGAAAUCACAUCCGUUAUCAUCAGAAUUGAGCAGGGCCCACCUGGGGAUAUAACUGUCGCCUUCAAGGUUCAGCCGGGUGACCGGUUGCCAUACGUGCCGUUAGUUGGCGACGACGGUUCCACAAUCUUUACUGGCCAAACGGACAGCAAGAUCCCUAUGCCGUCCAGUAUGCCACUUGUAACGGGAAUAAAAGUGUCCAUCAUCACGUCAAAUCCAGAUGGCUACAAAGUGAUCUUCAACGGCUGUGAACACGAAGCCACUACCACCGAGGCACCAUCUACAACAAAGGCACCGUCCACUACAGAAUUGACAACAAAGAUAUCAACGACUUUGAAAACAACCACCCCGUCAACUACAGCCGCUCCGUCAACGACUGAAAAAGUCUCAACAACAGUAACAUCAACCGUAACUCCGACGGCAACUACUACAAAAGAGACAACAACUGUGGCAACAACAUCACAGGAAACCCCAACGGCUCCCCCAAGUACUACAGAGAAAACGACUACUCGUGUAUCAACUACAGAGGCUCCUUCUACAACUGAACAGCCCUCCACAACUGUCCAGCCGUCAACCACCAAGGAGGUAACGACGGUAAUUUCUACCACUCCCGAGUCAACAACAAAAGAGACAACAACCCUUUAUUCCACAACAGUGGCAUCGACGACGGCAGCUACCACCACCGUAUCGACAACUGUUGUGACUUCAACGGUGCCGUCCAGUACUGCUGCACCGUCAACCACUGAGGAGGUGACAAGCACAGUUGUGUACACAACCACACCAGAAUCAACAACCACAGAGGAGUCAACCACAGUGCGGAGCACAACGGUUGAGAGUACCACAGCUGCUCCGAGUACCACGGAGAAGUCAACCACUCGGGUUUCAACAACUAAGGCACCUUUAACUACUGCACAGCCAUCAACAACUGCACAGCCGUCAACUACUAAGGAAAUAACCACAGUUGUUUCCACAACUCCUGAAUCCACCACAAAGGAAACAACCACUGUGCAAUCUACAACAGAAGCCUCAACAACAGCUGCCAGAACAACAUCUGUGAGUACAACAGUUACUUAUGUUGUACCCUCGACCACCGCUACCCCUUCUACAACUGAGGAGGUGACAACCACUGUGGUGUACACGACAACCCCAGAAACAACGACAACGGAAGAAACAACUACCGCUCUGAGCACGACUGAAGAAAGCACAACAGAAGCCCCGUCUACUACAGAAAGGAGAACAACUCGGCUGUCAACUACAGUGACACCCACUACUACUACUUCACAACCGUCAACCACUGAGAAGGUUACAACAACAGUUGUCACCACAUCACCCGAGGCAACUACAAAAGAAACAACAACAGUGGAGACAACAACAGAAACAACGCCACCACCCCCGUCAACAACUCCAGAGGAAUGCGCAGAAAAUCUCGACACCUACCAGCCUGUGGCCGUAACACGCGAAGAGUCGGACUCAGAAAGUGGACUUACACCUGAAGAGUGGUGGCGCCCUAUUAAUCCACCUGAUGACACAGAUGCCCGAUAUGAUGGAUCGUACUUGGAAGCCACCUUCAGCCCACGGGUUAAGGUCACGUCUGUUAUAAUCAAAACUGAGCGGGGCCUAUCUGGAGAUGUAACCGUCGCCUUCAAGUUUCAGCCGGGUGACCGGCAACACUAUUUCCCUGUUGUAGACGAAAACACCAUAGGGACUUUUGACGGCAAAAUAAACAACAAGAUCCAUCUGCCCACGAGUGUGCCAUAUGUGUCAGGACUGAGGGUUUACAUUAUUACCUCAAACCCAGAUGGUUACAAAGUGAUCUUCAAUGGCUGCGAGGAAUUAGGGGAAACGACUACAGCAGCACCAACUACUGAGGCAUCCACAACAGAGGCGUCGACUACAAAGGAGUCAACAACGAAAGAAAUAACCGAAGUUACCACUGUUACCUCAACAACACAACCAUCAACCACGAGAAUAAUAACUACUGUAAUUACUACAACACCUGAAGUGACAACGACGAAACGAACGACAACUGAGCUCACUACUGUUCCAUCGACAACAGAAUGCAUUCCCAGGUAUGAAAAAGAGUGCACUUGGACUGAGUGGUUGGAUGACGAAGUCGACGGCAAAAAAGUUAUCGACGACAGCUACGAAUUUGAGCUGAUCAGUGAGCUGAGACAGUUGUACAGUUUCUGCGAGGUACCAUCGGACAUCAGAUGUGCCCUGAAAUCGAAUAAAGAUACGUCCAGUGCAGAAUCCGGACAGCAGGUAUCUUGCAGUCGUGCAGAGGGGCUCCGCUGUUGGCACGUUGACCAGACAGACUUCCCAAGAAGAUGCCUUGACUACGUGAUACGACUGCAGUGUUGUCAUGACGUAUAUUAUGGUUGCGAACCGACGACCCCGGAAGCAAGUACCACAGUGAUACCGUCCACUACUCCAGUUGGUACUACUACAGAGACAGUGACUACAUCACCAGAUCACUGUCCUGAUGAACUUGUCUAUAAAGACUGCAGUUGCCAUUUGGAUUGUCAGGCCAUGGCUCAGUAUCCUGGUGGACAACCACCUACCAUCAUCGAUUGCGACCGUAGCACCUGCGUGCCAGGCUGCAGUUGCCCAGACGGCCAAGUGCUGCUUAACAACACUUGCAUAAAAAAAGAAAAAUGUCCUUGUUAUUUCAACGGUCAAUUCUAUCAGUAUGGGGAAACAGUCAUCAUAGACGACUGUCACUCGGCCAUAUGCGACCAGUCAGUUGUAGAUAUUGACGACCCAGCGAAUUUGAUCAAGACUUGCAAUCUGCACUGUCCAGAAGGAGAAGUUUUAGUGGAAAAACCGGGCGAGUGCUGCAAGUGUGUUCCAGACUGCAGACCAAUGGAAUACCAGGAAUGUGCAUGCAACCGUACAUGCGAUCAUCCCUUGCGUCCAUGUCCUGUCCAGUGUGUUCCAGGCUGCAGCUGCCCUCAGGGCCAAUACUGGGACGGCGAAAAAUGUGUCAGUGAUUGUCUGUGUGAAUAUCUGGAUCAUUAUAAUGACACGGUAUGGUACGAAGAGGAAUGCAUCAUGUGUAAAUGGGAGAGCAAAGAAGCAUGUAACGUAAGCUGUGGCGAAUACUGCCACAUCCCCAGUUGUCCUGUCGGCGAAAAACUGGUUAACGAGUUCCCGAAUGACCGUAUUUGUUGCCACUGCGUUCCAAUAGAUGGCUGUAGAUUUGAACACGAUCCCCCCUUGGUGUACAGAAAGAUCGGUGAAACGUGGUCGCCCAACAAGUGCACAGUCUGUGUAUGCGAAGAGUCGAAGAAUGUGGUGUGCAAUGUGACCCAGUGCGGCGACCUUACAUGUCCAAACCCCAUACACGAUCCAAACAUCUGUUGUCCUUUCUGUCCCCCUCCAUCAACGACACCAGCCACAACAACACCAUUUGUGAGCACUGAAGCACCCACGACCACGACCCAGCCUACAACUCCUCUGAGUACCACUCCCGGCAAACCAAUUUGCCCGGACUACUGCCACGUCGACAAAGAGAUAGAAUGCGACGAGCAAUACUACGUAGGAGGCAACAGGCCAUUCGACAAUAACUUUUUGUGUAACCCUAUUAUCCCGGGUUAUGACAAGGAUUGCAAAUGCAAAGACGGUUAUUCCAAGGAUGGGCCUAACGGCGAUAUUGACAGUGAAUAUUUCUUCCAUUACGGCACAUAUAUGUGUGUACGACUUAAAGAAAACUGUGAUUGCACCGAUGAAAAUGGUAAUUAUCACGAGGAGGGUUAUUCCCACAUCAAGGGCGACUGUGAAAACUGCACCUGUCUGUACAACUUUCAGACAUCAAAAUACGGGUUUGUGUGCGUGUAUGACAGCAAUCUUCCCACCUGUAUAGUCACAACUCCAGCACCAACAACUGAAAAACCUACAACUAUUCAAGGACCAACAACCACCGCACCGUCCACAACAACAGUUACACGUGCCCCUAGCACCACACCUUACACCACUCCUUAUCCAGAAAUUUGCCAUGACAACUGUCACGUCGUGAAACCCAUUCCAUGUAAAUACCAAAACUACGAAAUGAAGGACAAGGAUCCUCCUUUCCCUACGGACAUCUUCUGUAAACCCGUCUUCGCCCAAUACGGGAAUUAUCCGUCGCCAUGCAAUUGCACUAAAGGCUAUCUCAGAGACUACGGCGGUGAUCUGAGUGAGAAAUCUCUGGAAUAUCACAUCGGCUUUUCCUGGGAGACGUACAUGUGUGUGAAAAUUGAACAACCAUGUGCGAAUGGAACAUGUGUUUACGAGAAUAAAACUUAUGGGCCCGGAGACGAGGUCAUAGAGGACUGCAAACGUUGUGUUUGCAAGCUGGUUUUUCAAAGCAGUACUGAUAUUAAAUAUAAGAUGGUCUGUGUGCCCAUACCUGGAUGCACCACGACGCCAGGAGUCACUACCACAGUCGUAACAACAAGAACGACGCCUGUGGUUACAACCACACAGAGACCAACAACUUCCAGGCGAUCAACUACAGCAAUCCCAUCGACCACUCCUUUCAGGUCAACAACUCCACCUUUUAGGACAACGACACAGCCGUCAACCACGAUAUUUAGAUCAACCACAGCAUUUAGAUCAACUACUGCACCGCCGUCAACGACGACUCCACCAUCAUCAACAGCCCCGCCACCAACAACAGCUCUACCUUCAACAACGACAUCGAAAUCAACCACAGCACCACCGUCAACUACAACAUUUAGAUCGACCACUCUACCACCAGCAACUACGGUAUUUAGAUCAACCACAGCCCCACCAUCAACGACAGCACCGCCCUCAACCACGGUAAUUAGAUCAACCACGGCACCGCCCUCAACCACGGUAAUUAAAUCAACCACAGCCCCACCAUUAACGACAGCACGGCCCUCAACCACGGUAAUUAGAUCAACCACGGCACCGCCCUCAACAACGGUAAUUAAAUCAACCACAGCACUACCAUCAACGACAGCACCGCCCUCAACCACGGUAAUUAGAUCAACCACGGCACCGCCCUCAACCACGGUAUUAAAAUCAACCACAACACCGCCCUUAACCACGGCAUUGAGAUCCACAACAGCACCACCGUCAACUACGGUGCGACCACCUACUACAGCACUUCCCUCAAGCACAGCUGCCCCAAGUACCACAACAGAACAGACAACAGCUGCAGUUACCACCCAUAAAGAGGAAUGUCUGGAGUCCCUAACGGAACUUGGUGUAGAUGAAAUGUGGGCUAUAUCAGACGGAAAUAAGGAUACAACACUUUAUGGUCCGCACGAUGAUUGGAAGGUUGACAGUGUUGUCACAUACUCCAUCAUCAAGACGAUACUGAGGACGCCUGCAGAAAUAAGAGGAAUUCGAAUUCGGGGCAUGGUGACCUUGCAUCUUGAAGUUACACUUAGCUACGGUGUCAAUCGGUCUUUGGAUUUCCUGCAGAUGGAUUUAUCCAUACAGCUCAUUGAGGACCAAUCCAUCGAUGUAAUCUUCACAGAGCCCUUACGAUUCGUAACAGACUUAGAUUUUAGACUGAAACGAAAACCUCAAGAAGACACACCCUUGCAACUGGACUAUCUAGGCUGUGUGGAGCCAUUACCAGGAACAACGCCUUUCGCAAGUACAGAGUCGACGACAGAGGAGCCUACCACAACAGUAACCACCACCGAAUUACUAACUACAGAGGGGUCUACCACAGAGGGUGUAACAACAACUGUUGUAACAACCACACCGCAGGCGACAACUACAGAGGUAACAACAGUAAUUACUACAACAGAAACUCCAUCGACAACCGAAGCCAUAAGCACAACAGUGACAACUCGUGAAACCACAACAGUCCCUUUUACAACAGGCGCACCAUCGACGACAGCAAAAGAAAGUACCACAGUUGUAUUGUCAACGACACCUGAGUCAACAACCGUUGAAGAGACAACUACUUUAGUGACAACCACUGAAGCGACAACUAGGCCUACAGAAGCGCCAUCCACUACUGAGAAAGCGACAACCCGAGUGUCAACUACAAAGGCUCCCUCUACAACAGCUCCAGCAUCAACAACUGAGGAAGUUACCACUACAGUAGUGUCUACGACACCCGAGCUAACCACGACAGAAACAACAACAAUCAGGACAACAACAGAGGUAACCACAAGACUACCUCCUACAACAACUCCGGAGGAGUGUGCUGAAGAUCUGGAUGCACUUACAUCUGUAACGGUUACUAGAUUCAACCCGGACACAGACGCCAACAUGACACCGGGAGAAUUGUGGUCGCCCUCUAGUCCUCCCUUGAAUGAAUCCAAUCCCCACGUGGGAAGUUACCUCCAAGCUGAGUUCACACCAAGGGCACGGCUAACCUCUGUGAUCAUCAAAGAAGCUCAAGGACUAACAGGCGAAAUUAGAGUUGCUUUCAUGAUCCAACAGACCCCCUCUGCACCAACCACCCCUGUUGCCAAUCGGGAUGGUGGACUGGUAUUUGUCGGUAACACUGGAAGCAAAAUCCGGCUACCGCCUGACACGCCGUACGUGUCCAUUAUAAAGGUGUACAUUGUGAGGCCAAAUCCGUCCUCGAUGUACCAAGUUAUAUUUAAUGGUUGUGGAGAACAUGUGCCAACUACUGAAGCUUCAACAACGAUUGUGAGCACAGUCGCAACUACCACAGUGCCCUCAACAACUGCUGCACCGUCAACAACCGAGGAAGUUACCACCACUACUUUGAUUAGCACCACUCCAGAGUUGACAACCACUAAGGAAAUCACAACAUUGAAGAGCACCACAGAGGUGUCAACAACGGAGGCACCUUCAACAAAAGAGACAACCACUGUGCGUGUAUCCACCACUGAGGCCCCAUCUACAACCACUUCACCAUCAACUACAGAGGAAGUCACAACAACAGUUGUGAGCACAACUCCAGAGUCAACUACGAAACAGACCACGACGGUCAGGUCGACCACAGUUGCCUCUACGACCGAGGAAACAACUACCCAAACCACUACUCAAGUGUCUACAACAGUUCCGUCAACCACUGCAGCCCCAACAACUACCGAGAAAAUUACUACAACAAUUGUUUCUACCACUACCCCUGUGUCAACCACUGAGGAAGUGACCACUACGAUAUCGACAACGGAGGAAUCUACCACUGGGCCCCCAUCAACCACUGAGACAACCACUGUUCGCGUAUUAACCACCGAAGCCCCGUCAACCACAGCUCCUCCAUCAACCACAGAGGAGAUCACUACCACUGUUGUGAGCACGACUCCUGAGUCCACUUCCACCCAGACCACGACGGUCAGGUCGACUACAGUUGCUUCCACGACCGAGGAAACAACUACCCAAACCACUACCCAAGUGUCUACAACAGUCCCCUCAACCACUGCAGCCCCGUUAACUACCGAGAAAAUUACUACAACAAUUGUUUCUACCACUACCCCUGUGUCAACUACUGAGGAAGCGACCACCACGAUAUCGACAACAGAGGAAUCUACCACUGGGCCGCCCUCAACCACCGAGACAACCACUGUUCGCGUAUCAACCACCGAAGCCCCGUCAACCACAGCUCCUCCAUCAACCACAGAGGAGAUCACUACAACUGCUGUGAGCACGACCCCUGAGUCCACCACUACCCAGACCACGACGGUCAGGUCGACUACAGUUGCCUCCACGACCGAGGAAACAACUACCCAAACCACUACCCAAGUGUCUACAACGGUCCCGUCAACCACUGCAGCCCCAACAACUACCGAGAAAGUUACUACAACAAUUGUUUCUACCACUACCCCUGUGUCAACUACGGAGGAAGCGACCACUACGAUAUCAACAACGGAGGAAUCUACCACGGGGCCACCGUCAACCACUGAGAUAACCACAGUGCGUGUUUCCACCACUGCGGCCCCGUCCACCACAGCUCCUCCAUCAACCACAGAGGAAGUCACCACUACUGUUGUGAGCACUACUCCUGAAUCCACUACGACCCAGACCACAACGGUCAGGUCAACUACAGCUGCCUCCACGACCGAGGAAACAACUACGCAAACCACUACUCAAGUGUUUACAACAGUCCUGUCAACCACUCUAGCCCCAACAACUACCGAGAAAGUUACUACAACAGUUGUUUCUACCACUUCCCCUGUGUCAACCACUGAGGAAGCGACCACUACGAUAUCGACCACCGAGGAAUCUACUACUGGGCCCCCCUCAACCACUGAGACAACCACUGUUCACGUAUCAACCACUGAGGCCCCGUCGACCACAGCUCCUCCAUCAACCACAGAAGAAGUCACCACAACAGUUGUGAGCACAACUCCUGAGGCAACAACGAAACAGACCACAACGGUCAAAUCGACUACAGUGUUUUCUACAACGGGGGAAAGUACUACACAAACAACCACUCAAAUUACCACCACAGUUCCUUCAACCACUCUGGCUCCUACAACUACCGAGAAAGUUACCACCAAGGUUGUUACCACCACACCUCUCUUAACAACUGAGGAAGUCACCACUACGGAAUUUACAACUGAGGAAUCUACCACUGGAAUCCCGUCAACCACUGAAGUGACCACCACACGCAUAUCUACAACGGAGACCCCUUCAACCACUUUGAAGCCUUCGACCACUGCUCAGCCCUCAACAACUGCCCUGGCUUCAACAACCAAAGAAGUUACAACAGCUGUUCGCACUACCCCGGAGGGGACAACAACUGAAACAACCACAACGCAAACGACCACACUGGUUCCCACCACGGAAGAAGGCACUACAGCCAUAGAAACAACUCAACGAAGAACUACGGUGCCAUCAACCACUGAGGCCCCGCGCACUACCGAAGAAGUGACGACGACAACGCUUGUUACUACAUCCCCGGAGGUUACAACAACGGAGGAGAAAACAACGGCAAUCUCAACCACAGAGGCACCAUCUACAACAGCAUUAGUAACCACCAGGGCGCCGUCAACUACUGUAAGAGAGACAACCACGGUGGUCACAGAAGCACCCACCACCGUGAAAUCAACUACAACUGAGAAAGUUACCACGCCACAAGAAACAACGGUGACAAUUAAGGAAAGUACCACAGAGGGCGAAGUGACUGUUAUAACAACAACAAGGCGUACAGUACUGCCUGUCUGCGAAUUCAAUGGUGAAGAAUACCAGCUAGGAGAUCUGAUACCGAUUUCUCGACCAUGCACUAUACUCAUUUGUGGGGAGGAUGGAAUUAUUAUAACUCAGGAGACCCAGUGUAACCGGACGUGUCCUAAUGGGAAACUAGUAGAAGUGAGCCCAGACAAGUGCUGUCCUGCUUGUGUUCCCGACGGAGAAGAUUGCUUCCACAGAAAGCACCCGAAUUAUGUCGUUAUCGACGAUUGCUUGUCCGAGGGACGCAUCCCUUACACGGACUGCGAGGGGGCCUGUCCAUCCAACAGCCGCAUCACUAUUUUGCCAGACGCCCACAUCAGUUUCAACUGCGGUUGCUGCAAACCCAAACAGCUUGAGCAGAACUACGUCAAGAUGAAAUGUAACAACGAUACCGAGUUUUACCAUCCGUACUAUGAGAUCAAGGACUGCACAUGCCAAUCCUGCGAAUACGAUCCCAUGCAGAACCUGGUUGUGAACGCGUUUGUGCUGAAUCCGUAAAAAAAUAUGGACCUGUGUUUGGCUGAACAACCUUUCACCACAGUUGGUUGAUAGUAUGUCAUAUAACACAACUAGUUGCUAUUUCAUUGUGAGCAUUAUGAUUUAGUUGUGCAUAUAAAAGUGUGUACUGUGAGGACAAACUAUCGUGGCGGAAUAAACCUCCUAUUCAUAAUUUUGUUUCAAGAGAACGCCGUAAAAGAGAUACUGAUUUCUUGGUUAUGACAACUAAAACUGAACAAUCUUAUCAAACCGCACAUAGGUGGAUCCAAAUACAUGCUUUUAACGCAACAUAGUGUGGCGCAAAGGAUGUUGAGCUAAAUAACUGUAUGAGGUAAAGUACGAUUAAUGAAACACGUUAAAAUUACUUGACGACAGCUUAAAGUAAAGAUUAUAAUAUUUGCCAGAAUUGCGUUUUUGCUGGACAACAGUCACGCUAGAUAUCUGCUGUUUUCAACUGUUUUUAGUGCCUCUAUCAUUUAGGUUUUGUUAAUUACCAAGAAUAUUAUGUAACGUUUCCUCAUAAUAUUUUCUAUAGUUAAUAAGCAGGUGUCUGAAAAAUAUCUCAGAGACUGUAAUUAACAAAGAUACACCCACUUUUCCGGUUUUGUGCAUUAUGUAAUAGGCAAGAGACAACGAUUUAGUGCUCAAAUUAUCGAAAACAAUGAAUCAUACAUAGAAAGAUCCAAAUAUGUUAUUUUUAAACACACUAUAUACAGUGUGGCGCAGAGGAUGUUAAUGGAAAUUAUUAUGAGGUUAAGGAAGAUUAAUGAAACAAGUUAAAUGUACCUGACGACAGCUUAAAUUAAAAAUUCUAAAAUUCGCUAGAAUUGCAUUGUUUUUGCUGGACUACAUGUAGAGUUACGCUGGAUAUCUGCUGUGUUUUGAACUCCUUUGGUGCCUCUGCUAUUUAGUUUUGUUUUGAGUUCAUUGCCAAAAAAUAUUAUACAACGUUUGCUCGUGAAAUAUUCUUAGUUUAUCAGCUUAACAGAGUUGAAAAGUAUCUUGGAGACUGAUUAGCAGAAAUAAACUUACUGUCCCGGUAUGAUACAAUCAUAAACUGUUCAAAGUAACGAAAUUAAGUUUUUGUUUUACAUUCAGCGGCGUACCAAGCUUUUUUUUGGGGGGGGGCAAAGUUCAAAGAAAUGCAGCUUCGGGUUUAUUCAACAUGAUGUUGGGGGAGGAAAAAUAUCAAAAGGCUUACUCUAAAAUCUUUGGGGGGAAUGCCCCAUUCCCCCUUCCCCCGGAUACGCCACUGCUUAGGCCUACUUGGUAGGAGACCACUGUGACCUAUACGCAGUUUAUAAGCACAAUAUUAUUUUUAUUCUUUACUCGCUCUGAGGUAAUAUAAAAAAUCUGAAAGUAGUGUCGAGUAAUACAACACACUGCUGGUUCAUUACAAUGUCUUUAAGAAUCUGAUGUGUCCAAAGGAUUUAUAAUACCCUUAAACCAUGGCGCUUUUUAAACAAAAGACAACGUGAUUAGUAAAAACGAAACGUAAAAAACGAAAUAUACUUAAAAUGUCCCAGUCCAUUAUUAUUAGGUGCAGGUCUGUAUUAAACUGGAACUGGAAACCUCAAGUUUAAUGUUAUGAAUUUCAUUGUAUAGGUUAAGCAAAUGUUGUCAGCAAAAGGAACAUUCACGUUCACCUUGAAAACUUGAAAACUAAAUUUUCUCUAUUGUUAUUCCUUGAGUGGAUUAGGUCACUUAACAAUGCUUGAGUUCUUCAAAGUGGCAUAUAUGUAAUGUAUUUCAAUAUGUUUACCGCUGGUAUCUGUACUUAUCAGGUACUGAAGGCAAAUAAUUAAUUAAUUUUGAAUAUGAAAUUGCUUCUUUUUUGCUUGUAGACCAGCAAUAAAUUAAGUAUUUGCAAAUGA